GCACAGGUGGGUGCACUACUGGGCACAGGUGGAUGCACUGCUGGGCACAGGUGGGUGGCACUUCUGGGCACAGGUAGGUGGCACUGCAGAGUGGCACAGGUGGGUGCACUGCUGGGCACAGGUGGGGGCACUGCUGGGCACAGGUGGGCGGAGCUAGUGGGCGCACUGCUGGGCAGAACUUGCGGGUGUCACUGCUGGGCACCGAUCAUCAGGGCACUGAUCAUCAGUGCCCUGAUGAUCGGUGCCGAUCCCCGCUCUGACAACUGCCGGUUCUCGGCAGUACUUUCCUCACAAUCUGACAGCGUGAGGAAAGUGCAGCCGAGAACCGGCACUUGC